GUCCGAAUCCAUCGAGUCCUCUAUCUCCUUCAUUUAAUUCAGUGGGGUUCAUGGGCGUAGCCAGGAUUUAUAUUGCGGGUGAGGCAGGGUCAAUGUCAGGGGGGCCAUAACCGAGUUAGUUAAGUAUUUCUAUUUAUUUACUUGAUGGGGGUGUGUGGAAGUGGCAGCUUGCACCCCGUGCCUCCCUUGGCUACGCUCAUGGUGAGGUUUACCAGAUUUAGAUCCUGAACCUGAACGGAUAUCUUAAAAUUAAGAAAAAGUUGUUUAUCCCUGAGGUGCAGGUGUAAGACUUAUCUCUCUCUCUGUCUCUCGUUUGCUUUCCUAUUGAUUGCCAUAUUUGUUAUAUGUUGAAAAUUAACAAAAUACUGGUUUCGGAGGAAAAGCAAAAUGGCCCCUCGCUCCCCACAACCAGAGUACUGCAGCAACUCGUGAUAAAAAUAAAAAAUAAAGAGUAGGGAGCUCCAAAUGUUAACAUUCAUGUUACAGGAAAUUCAUGUUGUAAACAGCCAGGCAGACAUAUUGCCAGGACAAGUGCCAGUGAGCAAAAGUUUGCCUUCUGUAUUUAUUUCAUGUAAUGUAUAAUAAAUGUCAGUUUGAUGCACCCAACCUGAAGCAUUCUGGAGAUCUUCGACUAACUUGAAUGCUGAAAACUUGUGCACUCUAAGGUAGUUCAAUAAAUGUUACUUCACUAGCUUUGUUUCUCUCCAUGUUUUAAAAAACCAACAACAACUUGUGAAACAGCAGGUUUAAUACCAAACAGCCAAAGGGGACUUAGCUUGGCAGCUCUAUUUAAAAUCAACAAAUCAAAAUUGACAGAAUGUGAGUACAUCAUUUGUAGCCUGGCAACAACUGUACACAAGUAGAAGGGAGGUCUGAAGAGACAAGAAUCUGAUUUCUAAUGUGCAUGUAUUUGCGAUGUGCUCCUGCUCCUACAAGAGCAGAUCUGUGAAAGCCAUUCUGAAAGGUUAGUACAAACUUUUCAGUCUUCAUAAAGAACAAGAAAAAGAAAUACCCUGGAAUCCAAAGAAGCAGGGAUAUGAAAUUGGCUGAAGUUGGGAGUGGUUCACAUAAAAACAAAGAUUCUUGUACAAUAUUGCAAUGUAUAUUUUCCAACUUAAACUUAACAAAAGAUUGCAGAGAACAAAGAAGGUGACUGCCCACAGUGGCUUGUAGUAAUUUAAUGUAGAGACCUAAGUUCCUAAUGAUUGUAAUCACAACAUUUAAAAAAAUGAUUGUUGAAAACAUUUCCAUACAGUAGCAGGAAUUAACGUAGCAUAUUGUAUAAAUAUUACUGUAUUUUCUCAAGUUUAACACUCACCUUUUCUGGCCAAAUUACCGGUACAUUGUGAAAAUUAAGGGUGUGCAUUAGAUUCGAUGGUACAUUAGACUCAAGUAAAUGUGGUAUGUUCUGAAACAUGUAUGUUACUUUAAGAGAAGACAGCAAAAACAUUUUGGGGCACCUUAAAGAUUUACAGACUGGCUGUAUGAUUAAGAAGUAAGCCCCAUUAAGGCUAGUGGGGUUUCUUCUCAGGUAUAGAUUGCAGCCUCAUUGUGGCAUAAGUGUUAUGAGAGGAAGUGAGCACUAAAAGAGGAAAGAACAGGGUUAUAAACUAGGAUAAAUGCAUAAUUUUAAUCGAUAAAAUUAAUAUUUAAUGUAGUUAAAAAUUCCUAAUAACUCAUCAUGAGCAAGUUUUCUUUGAACUAUAGAUCCUUAAAUUAUUCCAGCUCAUGUAUUCCAGGCAGAAACAAGUCCUGCAGGGUGCAAAGCUGACAGCAAUAACAUUUGCAAGAAAAGCUCAAGUGUCCCCUCAGAAAACAGCGGGAUGUUUGUUUCUUUACACAGCCCUUAAGUCUAAUUUCUAAAGAUUUAUGAAAAGUUAGCCACUAGUGAGGAGUCUCAGCAGUCUUGAAAGGAUGGAAAUACCAACUUUUUUCAAGAGCAAAAAUCCCUUUCCCCUUGAGUCUAGUCUGAAGGCCAGAGUUGACAGACACAGCUUGCCAUCUCGCAAGGCAAUGCUGUCUGCAAUGAGGGCAAAAAUGCCUUUCAUGUACCAGAGAGAUGUUUGUCAUGCCGAAGAGCACUAUGCAGAAUACCAGAAACAAUGCCUCCAGAAUGCAGCCAAGAACCUAUAUUUUUCGAAAGAAGCUGUUUACCACAGAGGGGCAAUACUUCAGUCCUUUAAGGACUAUGACCCCAGGGGGUUGUAUGAUUUUUCCAGUGUCAUUCAGAGAAAAGAAAGUGAAAAUGUUGUUGUUAAGAAGCAAAGGCGACCAAGUAGGCUCAAACCUUUGAAGAAAUUAGAGUCCUUGGAAAUGAAGCCAGACACGCCUCCUCCCAAGGAAACCACCGCUGAUGUUCCUGUCUGCAUGGAAGAGCUUAUCUGGAAAGCCAAGGUGGAAAGCACACUUUCAGAGCCAAGUCUCCUGGUACCUAUUCCACCUCCUCCCCCUCCUCCUUCUUGUGAACCUCCUUACACACCGGCGUUCCUGACAGAACCUCAUGAGAUGUUAGGAGACUUGACAAUCAAGAGGUCAAAAGCAAGACCCCAGGGCACCGCAGUCCAUGAGCCAGAUCAUGGGGACCUGAGGUGGGAAGGAACAAUGUUGAUGAAGUUAAACAAGGCUACAGCUCAAUUCAUUGUGAAUAAUCAGCCCACCUGGGGAGGCUGGGUUCAGGGUAAGCCACCGGGUUUCAAGAAGCAAAAAUAUAACUGGGAAAGCAUCAGGUAUGUGCUUCCUGAUGAAAGUGAUGUGGAAUUACUGGAUCAGAUCCAGGCUGAGGAUACAGUAGUGAAAGGUCAGAUUCAAAUUCAAAUAGAUGAAGAGAAGAAACCGGAGACACCUCUCUCUGCUUAUUAUUAUAGGGGGCCAUCUUUCCACAUGAGAGGGCGUGGUGUGGAAGAUUCAGUUGAUAUAAACAAAACUGCGGAUGAAAUAUCAAAGAAGGAUCUCAGACAUCAGGCACGUACUAAACUUCGAGAACGGCUGAGCGCCCGGGUUGGAAAGUACUCAUACACUACCCAGAAUGUGUUUGAACAAGAGCUCUAUUUUGGGUCAGCCAAAAUUGUCCAUCAAAAGACCAAGAGGGAUCUUAUUGUUAUGGAUAAUCAUUAUGAAUAUUAUAAACAGCUCCAGCAAUGCUACCCAAGGCCUCCAGAGGUCUGGAGCUUCAUGCCACCAAAAAAGACAGUUCAUAGGGUGCAGAAGGGAGCCAUCCACUGGGCAGCGCUUCCCUCUGUCAUUGAACACUUCACCAAAGUGAGCGAAGCCGAAUCCCUUGAACCAGCUAAGAGAGAGAGAAGAUAUUUGUACGGAAAGACUGAUCUAGAUGUGUCUGAAGAAAUCUGUAUCCGUAAGACUAUGCUGGAACAGUGGAAGGCUGCUUGGAAAUACGGUCCACGAUGGCAUUCAGCAACUAUAGAAGGAUUAAUCAGAGACUUGGCAGAUGUGCACAUUCAAAAUCGGGUCAAUGCUAUACUUACCUGCGCAACUGCUGUGCUUGAGCGGCCCCAUGAAGUCCAUGAUGCAAGUGAUGAGUCAGUAAUAGGGAUAGAAACUGGUGCCAAGAAUUUAGAAGUUGAAGAUAUACCAAAGAAAAUACAGCCUUUGCUUAGAAAUACAUUGUUUGAUAAGGAUGCUCAUGUGAGAAUGGCUUCUGCGGUGGGCUUCUACGCCAUGGGGGAGUGGAAUCCAGUGGCACGGUCCAUCAUGAAGGAUGCUCUGAUAAAUGGUAAUAGUACAGACAGUUGGACUGCAGCUCAAGCCCUGGCAAUGGAAGGCAAUAUAAGUUUCCAUGUAGUGAAAAGGAUCCUGACUCAGAUUUUUGAGCAGAAGGAUGAUGCCACAGAAGACCAGGCUUGUCUUUUAUUAUCUCGACUCAGCCGACAAACAGGCUUGGUUCAUUGCUUACUGGCAUCCGAAUUGAACAGCUACCAAUGGAAGCAUCGGGUUUUGGCCUGUAAAACAUUUUCACGUAUUCCUGGGAGCGUCAGUCAAGACCUAAAAAACAAAAUUGUCCAGCUCAUGUGGACAGAUUGGAAGUUUGAUGUACGCCAGGCAGCUGCCAAGGCUUUGGGGCAUUUGGAGCUUGGGAAAGAAGUCCAUGAUCAACUCAGGGAGAAGCUAAAAAGAGGAGAUGUCCGGAUGAGGGUGGAAGCUCUUUCAUUGAUUGGGUGGCUGAAAUUCAUGACGGCCAGGCUGCUCCCUGGCUUCCUAAAGUGUUUCACUGAUGACUUUGUAGCAGUUCGAAAAGAAGCCUGCUGGGCAGCUGGAGAACUUCAGAUUAAAGAAGAGAUGGUGCUCAGGUGCCUUUUUAAGAUAAUGCAAACUGACCCUCUCUGGAAAAUCAAGACUCUAGCUAUCAAAGCUCUGGGUCAGAUAGGAGAGGCAAGUCCUUACCUGAAAGAACUUCUCCUCUGGGCCCUUCAUUAUGAAGAAGAUCCUGGGGUGCGAAGGGAAGCCUGUCGUAGUCUCAUCACCCUCAAGAUGAAGGAUGAAACAGUUCGGGCUACUUUGCUGGAGAGAAUGAUUAUGGAGCCAAAUGAGAUGGUCAAAGAGGAAGUGAGCCGUGCUGUGAAGAUUUUCAAUUUUGAACAAGAAGAGGAACAUGAAACGAUUCAGAUGAUCAAGAAUAAGGUUGCCACAUUAAGCCAAAAAGACUUGGUAAUUGAGAAAGUGCUCAAAAUUAAGGAGAUAACAAAGAACACGUGGCAGGAAGCCCACCGCAUCUAUCGAGAGAAGGGAGACGUCUUUGCCUACAGUUCAAUAAGGGACAUCUUCCUUGAUGUUGUUCAAGAUAUUUUCACUGAAAGCUUUCAAUGUCCAAGCAGGAAGUUCUCAGAGGUUUGGACUGCUAUCUUAAAUAUCCUACCUUGGUUGGGAAUCCCUCCAACCCCAUGGACACAAAGAGCCUUCUUAGAAGCACUGAAAAUACGCAAUGCUGAGAAGGCAGAAUGUGCCAAGAAACCAAAAGCACCCACAGAGAAGCGGAAAAAAUCCAGAGUCAAGAAAACAAAAACAAAAACACCUGCUCAGAGUCCAUUUACUAGUCAGCCACUCAGCUGACUCUUCUACUGUGGGAAACAAGAUGCAGAGGGACAUUACUGUACAUCUGUUGUUCUCAAAUACUUCGGGAGCUUCAUCUGAUUGACUAGCAGAAGUGCACUCCUGAAGAAAAUUAAUGGAUCAGAGGGAUGGCUAGAUAAAGUUACAACAAGAAUAUAUUUGUUAAUGAAUUUCUAUGCUUUUUUAAGUUGUAGUAAUUUACUGGCUUUGAUUUUUUACACCUGUGCA